AUGACCACGGGACAGAACUCGGAAAAGAGAACGAUCACAUGUCCUGUUGAUGGAGAUAUCAUGGGACCAUUUACAUACAGUGCCACAAAAACAACAGCAUCAGUUAACUUCCAUGCUCACAAAUUUCCAUACACCGCAUCGGUUUACUACCAAUGUAAUGUGCAGUUGUGUGUAAAGGCACAUGGAGGAUGUGAUGACCUGCCUCCAGAUUGCAGUGCUGGAAAUGCAGUGGCCAGAAGGAAACGUGAUGCAGAGGAAAAGGAUGGUCAGCCAGCUACUAUUGAAGUUUACAGUGGUUUGUAUGUGAAUGAGGCAACAGAUAUCAGCAAACUUGACCUUGAUGAUGUCUCAAAAGAAAAGAAGGAAGAGGACCCCAACAGCAUUUGCAUUUCACAGCGUUACUUUGCCAUUGGCAUUGCGAUUGCUGGAUUGGUGCUGAUGUUGGCAGUUGUGGUGACAGUGCUGAUCUUGUUAGCACUGCGCCGUAGAAAGAAGGAAGUAUCUAGUGGCAGCUCCAUCUACAGUGGGCCAUACACUAAUACUGCCUAUAGUCAUACAAGCUAGAAUGUAAUAAUAUGUGCCUUGAAGGGUUCCAACUGUUUGAUUUGAGCUUAAUAUGGCACUUUGACCUCUUUGAAUGAGAGAAGUGAUAAAGUGUGUUAUUUGGGAAGGACUUCAAAUGUGUGUGACCUGAGGUUGAUAUCCAUCAUCAUAGUUCCAUCAAAGUACCAUCUUCAGCUUGAAUCUACAGUUGCUGUUUUUGAUAGAUAUUCUGAAUGGUGAAGUAAAUAAAAAUAAUGGCUCCUUACAAAAUGUACAUUUAUUAAUUUCAAAAGUUCUGUUAAUGAAUUCAAAACUAAUUAUAAUGUGGGGAGGAAUUAGUAUUCUAAUACAUUUGUCAAUUAUAUACAAAAACAUGCCACCCACCAAAACCAUAUCAUUUUUAAUAUGGUAAAAUGAUACCAUUGAUGUACGUAGAAAUUAUACUCACAUCAUCAAUAUUAUUGUGGUCACCAAACUGACUAUUUCUGAUUGACCAUUAUGAAUUCUGACUACAUAAGAUUUUUCCAUCAGUUACUAUAGAAAAAUCUAAAAGUUUGGUGCUCGUAGUGCUGCAUUGAGAUUGCAGUAAAUGCUUGUGUACUUAGUCAAUUAUUAGAAACUAUUCUUUUAAUUAUAUUGAGACAAGGAGAAACUUAAUGAAGUUUCUAUAUAUUGCAUUUUAAUAUUUAUUUUUCAGUAACUUUAUAAGCUCACAAAUUGUGUUGCUAGGCCCUACACAUUGCAGUUGUGAGCACCCCUUAUGCAAGUUAAUAUGCCAACAAAACAUCUGUGCAUGGUGGUCCUGCUUGAGUGUUAUUGAAUUCGUUAACAAACAGAAUGACUUAAGGCACAUUUUUUAAUUAUUCCUUGAAAAUGUUAAUGUAGAGAAAUUAAUGUUUGCUCAAAAAUAACUUCAUAAAUUCAUAUGAUUGUGUCUCACACCAUUUGUACAUCUUGUUCUGGAAGUCAUUAUUGGUAUGCAAUGUGCUAAUAAAAGGUGGCUAGGUUUAAAUAAAUCUGAUUUGUCACCUUAGGUAGAGGAAAUGAGAGAAGUCAAUUAAUUUCAUUUUGCUGUGUUUCUUCUUUGUUAUGUCUUAUAAACAAAAGAGAAAGUAUUUAAUCUUUUGUUUCAUUUCAAGCCAUUCACAAUCCAUGUGUAUAAAUGUGGUCAUUUAGGAAAGAAAUACAAAAAGUAAAGAGAAGAUUCACUACUAUGUGGAAUGAAAUACUGUGAUUUGAUCUUGAUUUAAAUUCUUGAUAUUUAUGUAAUGCGCUGAAUAUGCAAUGUUAUAUUUUUUAGUGCCUUGGUUAAGCAUUUUCCCUUUGUACACCUUCAAUUUGCAACAACCAGGAAGUCGUAUUUUUGAGAAUAUUGACAUUGUUAAAAUGUAAUUGUUUAAAUUAACUUAAAAUUAUUACAUUGAUUACUUAGCCAUUAUAUGCAAUUAUUCUCGAUUGUCUCCACACAUUCCAGAUCUUAUCAACAUUUCAUAGAGACUUAGUGCCUUCCUGAGGUUGUGGUUCUGUAAUAAAGAUUUCUAAGUGGGGAUUUGAUGUUCAGAUUGUUUCUUUUGGCACUGGUUCACAGUUACAUUGGCUUGUACAGAAUCAGUCACUUUUUAUAAAUGAGUACUUCAACAUUUUUUAAACUUAAUGUAACACUGGACCUUUGCCAUAAGUUUGUGUAAAUAAGAGAUGUGCUCUAAUAGAUACUAAAUAUUAGCUUAAUAUUUUUAUAUGUGAAUGUACUUGAUGAUUUACCAAAUUCAGUAAGCAAAUUCAAUGCAGGAAGAUCUGUAUUGUGGCAAUUGGAUUUGUGCUAAGCUUAUGCUAAGCUGUUGUUUUAAUGCAAGUUAAAAACAAAUGCUUUGCUUCUAAGUAAGGUGUUGUAACUAACUGAAUUGAAUUGGCCCAACACUUCUGCAGAAAGAAUGUAUGAGAUGAAUAAAAGUUUUCAAUUGUUUCAUAUAUUAGUGAAAUGACUUACAAUUAAAGACCAAUGAAUAAUAAAAAGUUCUCUGCAUUUUUCCUCAACUUGCAUCUCAAUUCAACCAAAACAUGAAAAUGUAAUUGGUUUCUUUUAAGGAUACAAUUGUUUUUUUGACAAGUAGAUUGAAAAGAAUAAAAGCAAUAGCAUUUGAAUAAGGAUUUUGCAAGAGGAAAAAAAUAAUCUUGAAAUUGCCAUCUUGCUGAAUAAUCAAAUAUUUUAAAAUAUAUUGAUUUAGAGUUUCUGAAUUUCAUUUUUUUCUACAUUUUGUAGUAGGUAUUCUGUUCACGAUGGCUCAGUUAUAAUGAGAAGUAGAAAUUAUUUUUAAAAUGUAUGUAUUCUAGGCUAUGUUACUUAUAAAAAUUAUCUGAGCAAUCUUUUUCAGGUCAUUUUUUAUUAUUUUAAAAAUUCUGUUCUGAAAUAUUCUAAAUUCUAUAGUCAUUUCACAAAUAUGUGUGAUAGUUGAUGGCACAUGGAUUUUUAUUAGUUUUUGUAUUGAUAUACAAUCGUACUGCCAGUCACUGUUUCACAGUGAUUGACUAAUCCUGUACUUUAUUUUACAAUAAAUAAACUGUGCUUACUCCAAUGCAUUUAUUUUUUAUUUCAUUCUAUUAACUGGUGAUUAAUAUACU